AUGGAGGUGAGUGGUCUUCCACUGGAGCUGUGGCGCCUGAUCUUAGCCUACAUGCGACUUCCCGACCUUGGCCGCUGUAGCCUCGUGUGCAAGGCCUGGUAUGAACUCAUCCUCAGCCUGGACAGCACCAGGUGGCGCCAGCUGUGCCUGAGAUGCGUCGAGUGCCGGCAUCCCAAUUGGCCCAAUCAGCCUGAUGUGGAGCCUCGGUCUUGGCGAGAAGCCUUCAAACAGCAUUACUUGGCUGCGAAGACGUGGACCAAAAAUGCCCAGGAAUUAGAGUCUUCUAACUGUUUUUAUCUCUUCCGACGGAGAAAGGACCGGCGCAUUCUCUAUGUUGGACCUGGUUGUGAGUUUGACAACCUGGGCAGUGCCUUGACCUCAGCCAACAUUUAUGAUAAGAUUGUGCUAUUACCAGGCAUCUAUGAGGAGCAGGGCGAAAUUAUCCUGAACGUGCCUGUGGAGAUCAUGGGCCAAGGAAAGCUUGGAGAUGUGGCUCUGCUGGUUUGUGUGGAUCAGCACUGUGCCACAACCCGGCUGUGCAAUCUUGUCUUCAUGCCAGUGUGGUUCAGCCCUGUUAUGUACAAGGUAUCUUCAGGUCAUGUCCAAUUUGAUAACUGCAACUUUGAGAAUGGGCAGUUGCAGAUUCAUGCUCCAGGAACCUGCCAAGUUAAAUUUUGUACCUUUAAUCAAGCCAGCAUCAGCCUUCACAGUGUAGCCCUUUGUGUCCUUGAAAAUUGUGAGUUUGUUGGGAGUGAAAUUGCCUCAGUGACUGUGGAAGGGCAUCCAUCCUCUGACAGGAACUGGGCCUAUAAGCAUCUGAUGGGCAUGGUCAAGUCCUCAUCUGCUUUAUCAGCUGCCCAAGACUCAGCACCUUUUAACCCAUCAAACCAAGAAAGCUUAGGGCAUCUGCCCACAGUGAACUUAAGGACCUGUGAGAUUGUCAUAGGUGAAGACCAGAGUAACUUCCUUAUGACUUCAAAACCCCCACAAGCAUGUGAGAAAGACUUUGAGAAGGAGAAUGAAAUUAGCAGGGACCUCUGCCCCGCCAGGGACAGGAAGGGGAUUACCUAUGAUGCCGACUCCAGUGACAGCAGCCAGAACUCUAGCAGUGAAAACGAACCUGAAGACCAGUUUGUGUACAGACUCUCCCACCAGGCGCCCAGUCUGAGCCACACACUGGCCAGGUCUCUGCUCAGCAGGCCGCAGACCACUCAAUUGUCCAACCUUCAGAAUGGCCUCGAAUUGAAAACCCUGCACCAGGAGCUUCAGAGAGACAGUGAGGCUCAGUCCCUCGCCAGUUCCUUGCAGGGUUGCCUCAUUAGGAAGUGCCUGUUCAGAGAUGGGAAGGGGGGCGUCUUUGUCUGCUCCCAAGGCCGUGCCAAGAUGGAAGGGAAUGUCUUCAGGGACCUGGUGUAUGCUGUCCGGUGCGUGCAGAAUAGCAAGAUCAUCAUGCUAAAGAAUGACAUUUACCAUUGCAAAGCAUCAGGAAUAUUUUUGCGCCUGGAAGCAGGAGGCUUGAUUGCUGACAAUAACAUUUAUUCCAACUCUGAGGCUGGUGUGGAUAUCCGAAAGGGAGCCAACCCAUUCAUACUGUGUAAUAAGAUACACAGUGGCCUUCGUUCAGGCAUUGUCGUCCUUGGCAACGGAAAAGGCAUCAUCCGUAGCAAUCAAAUAUAUGGAAAUAAAGAAGCUGGCAUUUACAUUUUGUAUAAUGGAAAUCCCAUUGUGAGUGGAAACCACAUUUUCCAAGGUCUUGCUGCUGGCAUAGCAGUAAAUGAGAAUGGAAGAGGACAGAUAACAGAAAACGUUAUACGUGAAAAUCACUGGGGUGGUGCAGAUAUUCGCCGAGGAGGUGACCCUGUUCUGAGAAGCAACCUCAUCUGCUUUGGCUAUUCUGAUGGAGUGGUUGUAGGAGAACAGGGAAAAGGACUAAUUGAAGGCAAUACCAUAUAUGGUAAUAAAGGUUGUGGCAUGUGGAUCAUGUCCUCAAGCCUCCCACACAUCACAGCUAAUCAGAUUGCCCAUAACAGCAUCUAUGGGGUAGCUGUGUUUUGUCAGAAGGAUGAUGCUAAUGAUUACCUCAUUAACCAAGGAGGCAAUGAAAAUUUCAAUGAUGAAGGUGAAGCUUCCAACUGGGAAAAUGAACUAGAUGGUGAAGACGACCACUUCCCCACCCGGCGGCCAAUCGGUGUGGCGCUCAUUGAAUCUAACAGUAUUAACCACAAUGGAGCUGCCGGGCUGUAUGUCAAGAGCAGUGAGGCGCUGAACGUUGUUGCCAACGUUAUCCACGCCAACCAGGAGAGUGGGCUGGCCGUGUUGCAGAGCACCCAGCUUACCCGGAUCGCCAACAACAGCAUCUCCUGCAACCAUCUUGGCGGGGUCCUCGUUGAGUCAGAGUGCAGGGUCGAGCUUCGUGGAAACGGCAUCUAUGACAACAGAGGCCCUGGCGUCUCCUCCAAGGGAGAUGGGACCAUCCUAGAGAAUGACAUCAUUGGCAACCAGGGCUGUGGGCUACAGUUAAUGCAGGCAGCAAACAUGAAGAUCACCAAAAACAGGAUCCACUCCUUCCGUGACUAUGGAAUUGUAAUGCUUGACCACGUCAAAGGCCUGGUACAGGACAAUAUGAUCUUUCAAGGGAAGACCAAAAAGACCAUUUUGCAGCAGGUUUCUAAUCUUGAAGACUGUUUAGUUCAAAACAACAAGCUUUUGGCUUUCAAGAAGUCUGAUGUCCCUUGGAAAUUAGAGAAUCCCCCUGCAAGGCCUCACAUUGAAGAAACCAGAAGAAGCAUCUCUACAGCCCACAACAGUCAAAAGGUGACGAACGUAACAACCAGGAUAGCCACCAGAGUGGAAGGCAGAUGUCCCAACAGCCGCAGCAUCUUCUGUACCAUUCUGUGACACUGCCUCGACCACUCCCAUUAUCUGUUCUUUGAGCUCAGGUCUAGGCAUCACUGAGUGCUCACUCUUCCCAGGAACACCGCUUCACCCAGAAACACAGUGGGGAUUUCUGAUGGGCUGCACAAGUGAAAUUCAUUGGGGGCGGGGUGCCUAGCCCUGUGGGGAGAAAGUAGUGCCCAGCAAGUCCAAGACCUCUAGGCUUUCUGGGAAGUGGGAAGAGUACCUGAUGGAACUCCAAGUCAUAUGUUUCUUUCUCCCCAGAAGCUGGGAGAGGGUUUAGCAUGAAAGAGCCCAGAAAACAGGAC